AUGUCCCAGGAGAAAGCGCGCAACUACCUCGACAGGGAGCUUCGUAAGCUCGACGGUGAUUGGAAGAAGCGCUCGGUUCCCUCGACCGCCGCCGCAACACUCGCGCAGUACCUCGACCGAGCCCAGCGCCUGCUCGAGUUCACACUGCAAAUGCCGCCCACGGGCUCGUGGGCGUGGAUGCGUAUGGACUUUCUCUUGCGCCUUAUGGGCGACGCGCUCAAGAGCGUGCCAAAGUAUCCCUGCCCGCCACUUUCAGUGUCGUCCGAUGCCAAUGGGGAGAACAGCGUGCUCACGAAGCUGCUCGCGUUCCUUGAUGCACUGGAUCGGGGAUGGCUCGCUGUGCUGCGUGGGCAGACGUGGGAUGUGGAAAGGGGGGAGGGGGUUGAUGCGAUGGAUGUGGAUACAGGCACUGGCACGAGUACGGCGGGGAAGAUGAGCCAAACGGAGCGUACGAGGCUGCGAAGUAUGCUUUUCAGUGACACGACCCCGCUUGAGGCGUGGUUGAUGGGCGAGAGCGAGAGCGGGUUGUCGGAAGGGGCCGACUCGGGAGAGAGAGCGAUAGCGCUGGAGAGGCUUGGGCUGAACGAUUUGUUCUCGCGCACGCUUGGGGAGCUGGAGGUGCUGAGUGGGGUGGUGGUUAGUCAAGGCAGCGAGGCCAAGAUGAGUUGA